CGCCGCCAUCAACACCUCCAUUACGCCUAUUUCCUAGUCCCCGACUUCCUCCUUCAUCUUGAUGCGCCGAAUCUAGCCUGCUCGCCAUCCUGCACCGCAGCAGGCUUCCACACCGCCCGCAAUGCCCUCCGCUCCCUAUGCACCCUCCGCCGCCCUCCACAUGGCCCAGCAAGCCGCAUACCGUGCCCCGGCACCCAUCGCCGUCUCCAAUGCUCCGCCAGGCACCUUCACUCACGGGACAAAGGUCCAGGUCGGCAGUCACCGUGUCACCAUCGAGAAGUACCUCUCCGAGGGCGGCUUCGCACACGUCUACCUAGUCCGCGUCCCAAAGUCCGAUGGCCGCGCAUCAGAGACAGCUGUGUUGAAGAGAGUGGCUGUACCUGACAAGGAUGCUCUGGCAAACAUGCGGACCGAGGUCGAGACUAUGAAGAAGCUCAAAGGGCAUAGCAAGAUUGUCGUCUACAUGGACUCGCAUGCUUCGCAACUGAAGGGUGGGGGCUACGAGGUCUUUCUGCUCAUGGAAUACUGCUCAGGAGGAGGACUGAUCGACUUUAUGAACACACGCCUGCAGCAUAGGUUGACCGAGCCUGAGAUCCUGCACAUCUUCUCCGAUGUUGCCGAGGGUGUUGCGACCAUGCACUACCUCAAGCCUCCGCUACUCCACCGCGACCUCAAAGUCGAGAACGUUCUGAUCACUACGGUUUCGAACAACAAGAUCUACAAGCUCUGCGAUUUUGGCUCUACUGCACCCCCGAGGCCUGCCGCUACUACUGCCGCCGAGGGGAGACUGAUCGAGGACGAUGUCCAACGACAUACCACGUUGCAGUACCGGAGUCCCGAGAUGAUCGAUGUCUACCGGAAACAGCCAAUAGAUGAGAAGAGCGAUAUAUGGGCGCUGGGCGUACUUCUGUACAAGCUGUGCUACUAUACCACACCAUUCGAAGAGGUGGGGCAGAUGGCCAUUCUGAAUGCCACCUUCAAAUACCCCUCGUAUCCACAGUUCUCCGACAGACUGAAGAAGCUUAUAGGGUGGAUGUUGCGAGAAUCUCCCCAGCAUCGACCAAAUAUCUACCAAGUAGUUGCCGAAGUCUGCUCCAUGCGCCACCGAGCCGUUCCUAUCAAAGAUAUAUACUCCGGUCGAACUGAGUCGGAAGCGCGAAGAAAUCAGCAAUUACCACCUACCGAGCCCCAAGUGUCCUCGCCUCCAAUCAUAGGUUUACAGAAAGUCGCCCCUGUCAAGCAGGUACAACAAAUACCGGAAAUCACGCCUAUGAGGAGAGGUAGACCAACAGGGCCAGCCCAGACACCAGCCGCAAAACCAAGUCCUUCUCCAAUGCGAGGCACAUCAUCAGACCCGUUUGCGGCUCUUGACUCUCAGGACGUUCAAGUUCGCCGGGCUGCAGCUGACGAGCUCGCGGCGCGUUUCCCCUCCCUGGAUGAGUUUUCGUUGCUACAUGAUCGGGGUCAAAAGUUCGAGUUUGGGCAGAUGCCCUCGCCCUCGGACCCUGUCCUCACAAAGCGAGUCACAGAUGCCCUAGCUGACGAUGCCUUUGCCUUGUCUCCAGCCACCAAAGUGGAAUCUGCGCCUACACCAAAGCCCUCGUCCAAGCUACCCUCAGCAAGUGUUUCAAGGUCCACUUCUGUCAAGCAACCAAGAUCCUACGAACCCAAGGACAGCCCGAGGACGUCAAAUCCAACCAUACAACAACCAAUCCCACAACACGUAAAUAUGGUGUCUACUGGUGUACAGACAUCGCCCCGUUCGUCUCCUGCUCCACCCCAGCAGAAAUUCCCAGAUGUCAAUAAACCGCCUGUCUGGAAGGUCCCCAUAUCCUCUCACCACAAUCGGGCAUACAGUCAGCCACGCGCGCUCGAAAAGGCGCAAGGAAGCCCUUCCCUGAAACCCGAGUUCGCGCUGCCUGCACGACCAUCACUAGACUCGAGAUCAAAAUCUCAGUUGUCAAAUCUCAGCAUACCCAAGUCGCCAGCAUCUUCCCGGCCCUCUUUAGAAAGCCAGCGCCCCUCUGCUUUGGACCUUGGGUACACCAUUGACCGCUCAAAGUCUGCAAACUCCAAUGCCCGACCCGUCAGCAUGCAUGUUGCGUCAAACCUCGACUAUCUCCGCGAUCGCGAAAUGGCUCCGGGCCGCAGUUUCGAUGCGCCCUCGUUGCAGCGUCGCUUAACCUCGACUGCCAUCGACGAUUCCGAGCCUGAACCCGAGGAGAAGAACAUUAGGUCGAGCGUUGACUUUCUUCGGACGAUAGAAAAGGAAGAUCCCAGCCACAAGCACAAUCAUCGCCGCAGCAGUUCGCAGUCUAAGAAUGCUAAGCGGGGAAGCAUAACCAAUAUUGUCAAGGGCAGGUUCGGUGAUGCUUUCCGCCGUUUCGAGACGAACAAGACGCCGGAGCACGAGCGCGAUCCGCCGCCCUUCUCGCCGACAGACGUCGAUCCACGAGGAACCAACGCACUAACGCCAAUUGCGGGUUCCGAAGCAACAGGCGGUCUCAGCGACGACGAUCGCAGUGCAAUAGACGAGACACAAGAAUUAUCCCCCGAGCUACGCCGAGAGCUCGAGAAGCGAAAGCUAGAAGACGAAGAGCGCCGUGUCGAAGCUGCAGCCGCAGAGUAUAAGCAGCGAGUCGCUCAGCAAGGGCAAGGGAAACCCAAAGUGGGCCCAUCAAAAGCUUCAACCAUUCAAAACCGCGUCAAGAAUCUACUUGACGAAAGCAAAAAGCCAGUACCAGGGAGCAAGACCGCAGAAGGAUAUGGAAAGUACACUGACACGGGCAAGCCAUUGCCAACACGGCCACAAGACCAAUCCGGUAUGCGACAGGCUCCCGCCAUUGCACGCAAACCAGUCAAUGUGAGCUCUACUCCACAACAACAAGAUCUGCUGUAUGCCAAACCUUCUUCUAUCCGGCCAAACAUGCCCCCUCCUAUCCCCUCGUCCUCCGCACCGCCUACCAUCAACCCGCGCAACCCCUCCGGCCCACCCCCGCGCGCACCCAAGCCAAAGGCAUUGCAGACAGGCGGCUCAGCAGUCAGCGUUUCCGGCUCGCCGAUCAAAGCCAGCCCCGUUGUCAAGGAUAAGCCACUACCGGCUAUUGCGCCCGGCGAAGGCAGUACUGCAAGUGGCGAAGACUGGGACAUGGAAACUUUUAGUAAACGCUAUCCAAGCCUGAGUGGGCUAGAGAUGGUGGAGACGGAGAUUCCGCGAGGGAGGGUGAGGGAUGUGUAAAGCGCACUUGGUGUUGUUGCUGAAUGUAAGCGUGCAUGCAUGUGGUAUACUGAGAAGGGAAGGAAUCUUGACGGCAGAUGAGCUGUUUGGUUCAGCUGAGCAGUUUUGUAGAGCAUCUACGACAAUGCAUAGAAGCGCUUUUUUGUGCAACCACAUAUAUAGAUAUUUAAGCAAAGCAUGCAUGUAUACAGCAGCUUGCAAUAAAUACCGUAAAGGAACGUUCGCU